AUCGAAUUCUUCUCUGCUUCGGUCCGAACUGAUGAAGACAAUUUCYAGUCCACUGUUCGAUGCCUUCGCAGCUUUGUAGAAUUCGGUGAGGAUCGGGGUGAAUCGCUGGCAUGGCGGACACCAAGAUGCAGAGAAAUAAAGUCCAAUAAGGCUCGCAUUGGAUGAUUUGAAUGCAUCCUCCGUGGGCACGGCAUUUCCCUUCACGUCCUUCAGGAGCUUUUCGCCCACCAAGGAUUCUAGCGAAAAGACGUCCUUGUUAUUGUCGUCUACAGGUGUAAUUGUGACCAUAGUGGAAAAUGCAAUUUGGUUUCGAUAGUAUUGUUGCUGUAUGAGUGACRCAACGGUGCAAUUGUCCUCCUUUUUGUUUUGGGUUGUGUCCGUCUGUCUUGAGAGGAAACCUUUCUUCUCAUUCAGUUUUUAUCCGUAUGUCCUACGGUAUGUCCUGACACCUUUUUAUUAAAAAAAUUUAAAUUAAAUUCACCCACCCAGCGCACUCUGAUGGGAGACUCCGAUGAGAAGCGAAUACUUUAAUGUCAUUCGUGUUGCAACGUUGCAGAUUUUCUGUCACGAAUCAAAAAUCUUGCUCUGCCUGUUGUUCGCAWAGAGACCUUGAAGUAAAUAGGGACGAGUACGAUACUGUACUCGUAACAAACAUCGUGUCGUACUCGUACUCGUAACGGUACGAGUAUGAUCAAGUUGGUCGUCCACUGUAGUAGGUACAGUACUUCUUCGUAGCAGAAGAUCCAUCGGCAGUCUUCACGACGUUAGAACAAGAACGACAACUUUCAACCGUUUUCAUUAUUUCACCUACCGUAUGCUUCGAGUUUGUAGUCGUACAGUUUCAUCUCAUCAUCGGACUCGACGCAAAUAAUACACCGCCGUCUCCAUCAUCGACUACGACACACUCCCGAUGAAAGGAGAGAAACAAAACCCAUAACAGCAUUCUUUCCUUGGUCUAUCAAAAAAAGGAACGAGAACAAAGAUGUGCAGAAUAUAAAUUGUGAAGCCGAUUUUUGGCAAGUWCAAGGUUCAAUUUGGGGAGGGAUCAUAUCGCUGAUAUUUACAUAGCGGCUUGAAGAGUAUUGGAAAUGGAUCAAUAGCUCUGCGUAAAUAUCCAAUGUUCGUCCAAUUCAACACAUUCGGUGCCAUAUGUAGAAUAUACAACAAUCCGCCGGACGGAGCGAUUCUUGACCAACAAGGGUCGCGAGGGAGCCGAAAAGGAAAACAUAAGACGGGAAAGAAUAAAUKGUGGGUCAUUUCUUCUUUUCUCGUCUAGGCAUGGAUGAUAAAAUUAUUCAGGGAUUGUUUGCAGUUCGUGCAAAAGCUGCAGUUCAGAGAUUAAUCAAACGAAUCAAUACUCGAAGAACUUUCAUGUACCGUAGGGUAUACAACAGGAUGAAACAAAGCAUCAUCACAAGGUCAAUGAACGGAUAAUUGACCAUUGUAGUGUUUUCGCGUCGAACGAUUUCAUAYAAACUUGAAACAGUUUCGGUCCAUGAUUUUGAUGAUAUGUAAGUUCUGAUUAUCUAAUUUAAAGAUUUUGUAAUAUGUAUUUUCGGAACGAAUCUAGCUUGAUGGUGCCUUUUAGUUCCUCUUGUUCUAAUUGUUGUCCUUGUUGUUCUCAGUCACAUAACCAUGACGAUUUUUCAUGUAUUUUGAUUAGAUUCGUUCGUGUCGUUUGUUUUCAUUUGCACCAUUCACUUUAGUUUGCAAUUUACCAUUUCUUGGUGUUGGAGGCUGCAGCAAUGACGGAUUCGACCGCAAUAGAGCAAGACUUGGUAGCCGCCAACUUGUCGCUGACGGAGUUCUGGAUCUUCUUGCAAAAGGCAACUUCGAUGGCCUUUUUGUCAAAGGGGUUCGAGUUGAGAGAUUGGAUAUCGAAUUGACUUCCCAUGGCAUCGUCAUCGGGACAGUGGCGGCACAAGAAAGCUUCGACGGGGCUGACGAUAUCCAAUACCAAGGUGUUGGUCUGCUGGGCUCCACCCAUGGAGUCGUCAUCAGGGCAGUGACGGCACAAGAAUCCCUCAGGACUUCCAGUAGCAGCGGUAAAUGGGAUCUCGGCAUCGGUCAAGUAGUGGUUGGCUCCCCAGUGAACAUCGUUAUAGGCAGAGACAAAGGCCUUUGCGAGGAUAGCUUGUUCCUCUUUGGUAGCAUCGCCGGUACCGACACCCUUCAGGAUAAUAGUGGAGUCAACGGUUGCAACUUUAUUGGUAGCAGAAGAAACACGCUUGUUGUUACUAGAUUUCUCUUCAAUGUCAAAUCGAAUGGCGCACGACUUGGCAGAGCUGAGGUACUUGGAGUUUUGGGCGGAUCGAAUCUUGUUGCAGAAGUCAACCUCGAGUUCGGCGGCAGCUUCCUUCUGGCACAACCCAGCACAGUCCUGGGAGAUGGCGGUCAUCAAGAGAGAAUCGGUGCCCAUCGCAUCAUCAUCGGGGCAGUGGCGGCACAAGAAACCGACAGGGGUCUUCACCUCAAAGACACUGGUGGCAGAAGCAGCACCUCCCAUGGCAUCGUCGUCGGGGCAGUGGCGGCACAAAAAGCUGUCUGGUCCCUUGAAAUCGACCGCAUGGCUUCCAGUCAUGUAGUGGCCAACUUGCCAAUGGACAUUGUUGUAGGAAGCAACAAAUGCCUUUCCAAUGAAUUCCAUGUCUUCGGCUGUAGGCUCGCCAACCGUUCCCUUGAGGAUCACUUCGCUGUCAAGGACCUUGCCAUUGUUGUUAUUGGCGGCAGCGCGAAGAGAAGUACCCUGRACCGAUGCGGCGGCAAAAGAAAGGAAUGCGAUAGAAGUCUUCAUGGUGAAAAUGGUAGAUGAUUAUUUCGKAAAAUUGUAAAGGUUUGAUAGUGAUAUUUCUUGAGCUUGUGAGUCAAAGAAGUGUUUUUGAAAUUGUGAGAACAAACCAUGGGUUAGAAAAAGAUCRUAUUUUCGAAGCACAAGAUUGCUUCGCAGUUCGAACGACUUAGAUGACGUAGAAAGAUGGUGAGACCUAUUGCUGAUGAUAACGAUCGCACAAAAUUAGGACCAUAAAAGCUUCUCAUGAAACACUUGCUUCUCACGAAGGAUAUAGAAUUACAUAAUAAYUAUUGUUACGUACCAUACCGGACUAUGUGUUCUCUUACCGAAGGAGGCCUAGGAGCUUCUCAUCAGCACUUCACAAGAUGAAAGCACAAGCUUCUCGCACCAACCCAAUCGGUAUCUAUUUAAGGUUCAAGUUUGGGGUUUUCGGAGAUUUUGACCCUCACGAAUAAUCACAAUCAUUACUG